AUGACCUUGGAAAAGUUCUACUCCUGCCAAGAUUUGGGGAGCUACCACAGUGGGCAGUUUGUGGGUGACACACACCCUCUUGGUUGUGCUUUUGACGAAUCAAUUGUUCAUCAUAAGUAUUUCAAGGAAAACCCUGAUGUUAAGAAUCCUGUUUAUCAAACUAAGAAUGGGAUUUAUUCGGAAGGAUGUGGACUAGAAAAUGUGAUGAUUUCAUGGGGCCAUGAUGAUUAUAUGUACUUGGUGGCAAAGGAAAAUGGGACUACGUUGCCUCAAGCUGGAUUAUUUAUCAUUCGUUACCAUUCUUUCUAUCCAAUGCAUCGUUCUGGAGCUUAUAAACAUUUGAUGAAUGAGGAAGAUGUUGAGAACUUGAAAUGGCUUCAAAUCUUCAAUAAGUAUGAUCUUUACAGUAAAAGUAAAGUCCGUGUUGAUGUUGAAAAGGUGAAGCCUUACUACCAAUCACUCAUUCAAAAGUAUUUCCCAGAAAAGCUAAGAUGGUGAAGCAAGUUUCUAAAAGAUUGAUAAGAGAAAAUUUGAUGAUUUAUUGAGGGAACAUUGUUGUACUACUGCAAUUUGUAGUGUUGCUAUAUAUCUGAUAAGAGAGUUGGGACAUAAGAAGUUUGUUCAUACUUUUUCGUUUUUAUCCAUUGAAAGAUUUCUUUCAAAUUAAUUGAAUCUGUUAUCUGUGUAAUAAUUUUUCUUGUUUGCUUCGAUAAAUUUAUAGUUAAAUGCCAUUUUCCCCAAACAAUACCAGACAAACAAGCUUGUUAACGUUUCGAAUACGCU